CAGCUAAACCAUCCUCCUCCUCACUGAGAGGACAGACAUGCUGAACACACUGAACUCAACUGACACAGAAAGAGGAAGAAGAGAAGGAGGAAGGAAGAGAGACAGAAACUCGGACAGAGGGAGAGAGUGACAGAAAGCGGUAUGACAGAGUGAGAGAAAAAGAAAUAUAUGAGAGGAAAGAAAGAGAAAGAGAGGGCAGAGUGUGGAUGAUUAAUAUGAGAGCAGAGGAUUAAAGUGCUGAAGUGACGCUGCCAGCUGUCUGUGUGUCUGUCCACCUGCAGACAUGUCCUCUCGGGCAGAGAGCAAGACAGCCUCCCAGUUCCUGUACCUGACCUCAAAGCUGAAGGAUAAGAUCCAAUCACAGAAGGUCAAACGCUUUGAGCGAAUCAAACACACCCCGUCACUGAGAGUCAAACCUCCUGAUCUGAACUUGGAGCAUGAAAACACAAUAGAACACAAGUCUGUGUGUGGGAUGGCAGACCAGGAGCGGGCCGUCGUCAGCUCUCUGCAGUACUUCAAAGCUCUGGUGGACAGACUGGGAGUGGACAAGAUGGUCCAGGAUCAGUCUGUUGUGGGCAGACUGAUGGGCGGGGCAUCUGGUGGAGUCCUGGAGGCGGUACAGACUCUAGUCCAGCUGGAGCCACGCCUACACAGCAGUAAGACCAUUUCUUCCUGUCUCACUCGUCUCUACCAGUCUGUGGCUCAGCUGAUCCGCUGGACCGAUCAGGUGAUGCUGCAAGGAGUCGCCCAGGACAACAAAGACUCCAAAGCAGGCGUCACCAAGGAGAUCAGGAGAGUGCUGGACGGGGUGAAGGAACUGGUUCGAUUGGCCUCAGAGAGAAAAGAAGGCUGCACCCCCAUAUCUCCUCCUCCUUUCCAAUCGCAGGCUCCCGUGGAGCAAACAAGUGGUUUCAAAGACCAGGUAUCGUCAGACCAGACUUUUACCUGCUGGAAUCCAGGAACGCCUGCCAAGGAGGCGGAAGAGGAGGAGGAGCUGAGGAAGUUAAAAAGGACAGAAGAGCAGAUAGUUUUGGCUCCUCCUAAACCCCCCAUGCCCGUCAAAGAGCCUCGUCCCCAGGUGGCACCUUCACUGGGCCUCAGUCCUCCAGCGCUGCCACCAAAGAAACGUCACUCUCUACCAUGCCCCGCCCCCUGCAGGAUCGCCAUAGUAGCACCAAUGAGACGAGAGUCUGAUGUAAACAGACCCCUGCCACAGGAGGACGAAGAGUAUUUCAAACGUUGCUCGUCUUCGUCCGCAGACUCCUCCAUAGAGAAAUCUCACUGUGAGGAGGAUCCAGACUACGAGUUCCUCCACACCGACCUCUCCUCUGACCUCUCCUCCUCUGAGAGUCUCUCCUCUCUUCCUCCUCCCUCCUCGUUCGCUCCUCCUCCUGCUCUUCCAGAAAAGAGACGUGUCAGUGCUACAGGCAACCCCGUCCCUCAGGUCUCCACUUCUUUCAGAUUUGAACCCCCCCCUCAAGAGGAAAGCCCCGCCCCUCACGAUGACGCCAUCAGUCUUAUUGAGUCUCUCUCCUCACCUCUGUCUCCCAGCAAGACGCCGCCUCCCCUCCCUGAGAAGAAACGACACAUCCAUCAGUACCUCCAGUUCUGUUCAACAUACAGCGGCCAAUCACCGGCCAUGUUUUACCAGCCGUCUUUGACCUUGGACAAGCGCUACAGCAGCAGGCAGCGGGAGGUGGAGAACACCUACCAGUUCUCACACUUGGACAUACACCUGGACAAUCAUGACCCAGACCCCGCCCCCUCAGAUGAGCUACCUCCUGCUCCUUUUCUACCACCAAAGAAGAAACAGCCGGCUUAUAAUGUCAAGAAGAAGUAG